AUGGCGAUGGCUGCUGCAAUCCGACGCGAAGGGAAGCGUUUGGCUCCUCUCAUGUCUUCUCAACCAAUCAACAACACUCUCCGAUCCACCAUCGUCUCUCCGUUAGACCAAUCUUCAAUUGGAGGAGCUCGUUCAAUUUCCACUCAAAUUGUGAGAAAUCGGAUGAAGAGUGUGAAGAAUAUCCAGAAAAUCACUAAGGCAAUGAAGAUGGUUGCUGCAUCCAAACUAAGAGCUGUUCAAACUAGGGCUGAAAAUUCACGUGGUUUGUGGCAGCCAUUUACGGCUCUUCUCGGCGAUGCUAUAGCGGUUGAUGUCAAGAAGAAUGUUGUUAUUACUGUUUCUUCAGACAAAGGUCUUUGUGGUGGAAUCAACUCCACCUCUGUAAAGAUAAGCAGAGUGUUGAGCAAGUUGAAUUCUGGACCUGAUAAAGAGACCAAGUACGUCAUAUUGGGAGAGAAGGCUAAGGCUCAGUUGAUUCGUGACUCAAAGAAAGACAUUGUACUCAGCUUGACUGAGCUGCAAAAGAAUCCUCUGAAUUAUACUCAGGUGUCUGUCUUGGCUGAUGACAUUUUGAAGAAUGUGGAGUAUGAUGCACUUAGGGUUGUUUUCAAUAAGUUUCAUUCGGUUGUGCAAUUUAUACCAACAGUGUCAACUGUACUAUCCCCUGAGAUUGUUGAAAGAGAGGCUGAAGCUGGAGGAACACUCGGUGAACUGGAUUCCUAUGAGAUUGAAGGGGGUGAGACAAAAUCAGAAGUUCUUCAGAAUCUGUCCGAGUUCCAGUUUUCUUGUGUCAUGUUCAAUGCAGUGUUGGAGAAUGCCUGCAGUGAGCAAGGAGCAAGGAUGUCUGCCAUGGACAGCUCUAGCAGGAAUGCUGGGGAUAUGCUUGAUCGUCUGACCCUCACUUAUAACAGAACUCGUCAAGCAUCAAUCACCACCGAAUUGAUUGAGAUUAUCUCUGGAGCAUCAGCAUUGACUGGUUAA